AUGAAGAGCACACAUAAGAGGCCUCGUCUGGCGAGACCCCAACCGGUGCCCUCCGGAAGGCUCCAGUUCAAGACGCCCAUUUGGCUGGUGAUGCAGUCUGCGCUGGGCAAGGACUCCCGCAUCUCCAACAAGGCCAUUACGGUACUGGACACCUUCGCCCUGGAGAUCUGCACUCGCCUCGUACAGAAAGCAAGAGAGGCGGCUUUCCCCAGCAAGGUGCUGGCUCGGUCACAGCUCCAGGAGGCGGUGAGCACUUGUUUGACCGGUUCUCUGGCCACCCGCGCCGUCGACCAAGCGAACAGGCGGUCGUCAAGCUAUGGCGGCGUUGUGCCGCCGCCGGUGGAGGUGUCUGUCGACUCUCCGCCGGCGAGAGACGAGCCACUUCACUUCUCCCCGAGGCAGCUGGAACGGUACAUCCGCGCCCAAGGGAUGACCACCCACACCGAGUUUCUGGUGCGGGAACUGCUGGUGCUGGCGGACAAGGUGAUGCGCGAGAAUGGCGGAACACGCAUCACCCCGGGCUAUCUGCACCGCGCCGUCCACAACGAGGAAAGCAUCAAUGCCCUCUUCCUCUUCCUGAUCACCUCCACGCCCUCAACGUCUUCGUCUUUGCCGUCAUCAUCUUCAACGUCGUCAACUCCUCCACCUUCUUCUUCAUAG